ACUUUCCCGCCAUUUUUAAAAUCAAUAAAAUGCCGCCACGUCAACGUCCAAGACAAAAUUCUAUAAAUAAAAAGAACUUUAAGAAAACUAAUGAAAAAAAAAUAUCCAAGACUGAUGAUGUAGCAACCUCAGAUAUGGGUCUUAUUUAUCCUGGUGGUGACACAGCAUUCAAAUUGUUGCUGUCAGCGAGAUUCUGUUCUGCAAUCUGGAGCUACAUAAGCGACUGCGAUGAAACAUUUAAUUACUGGGAACCGAGUCACUAUUUACUGUACGGAACAGGACAACAAACCUGGGAGUACAGUCCAGAGUUCGCACUGCGUUCCUACACAUACUUAUUAAUUCAUUUGGUACCGGCUAAAUUUUACUGCUACUUAUUUGAACCAAAUCCUAUUUUAGUUUUUUAUUUCAUCCGCUGCAUUCUUUCCAUCGGAUGCGCGCUAUCAGAGGUUUACUUUUAUCAGAAUGUUUGCAAAGAAUUUGGAGUUCAUGUCGCACGUCUUACAUUAGUAUUUUUAAUAUCAAGCUCUGGAAUGUUUAUAUCAAGUGCUGCAUUUCUUCCGUCAUCAUUUUCAAUGUAUGUCAGUACAGCAGCAAUAUCAGCCUGGUACGCGCGUAAAUACGAACUAGCGAUAUUCGCAACCGCAAUAUCAUCAUUACUCGGCUGGCCAUUUGUUGCAUUACUCGGGGUACCGAUAGUCAUCGAUUUGUUGAUAAGACGGCAAGAGUGGUCAAGAUUUAUCAACUGGACAAUAAUAUCUGCCGCAGUAAUUUUGAUACCCAUGAUUUGGAUUGAUUCUGUUUACUAUGGAAAACUAGUAAUUGCUCCAAUUAAUUUAAUUGUUUACAAUGUAUUUACCAGUCACGGUCCUGAUUUAUACGGAACUGAACCAAUCAGUUACUAUUUCAUCAAUGGAUUUUUGAAUUUUAAUUUUAUAUUCAUUGCCGCGCUAUUUACACCUCUUGCAUUGGUUUUAUCAUGGGCAAUUGUACCAGCGAAACCUAGAAAUAAAUAUUGUUUGCCAUAUUGGUAUUCACUGUCGCCGCUUUAUCUCUGGAUAAUUGUCAUGUUUAUGCAGCCACAUAAAGAAGAACGAUUUUUGUUCCCAAUAUAUCCAAUGAUAUGUUUAGCUGGUGCAAUAACAGUGGACGUUAUACAAAAACUAUAUUUCUUUGUCCGCACGCAAAUAAAACCUUUGAAGCAGGUAUCGCACUACUUGCGAGGAACCUCCCACAUAAUGGUCUUGGUCUUCAUCGUAACGAGUUUAGCCGGAGUAUCGCGAUCGUUCGCGCUCUUCAACGGGUACUACGCCCCGCUGGAGGUGAUGAUGGAGGCCAACAAGCUGGGCAGCGAGGGACAGGUUCCUGAUGACAUCAACAUAAACUUCUGCGUAGGCAAGGAGUGGUACCGGUUUCCCGGGAGCUUUUUCUUCCCGACAAACAACUGGCGGCUCCAGUAUCUCAGGUCUGAGUUCAAAGGACAGCUACCCCAAGCAUUCUUGAAUCAUCCCAACGGGACCAGUGUCAUACAGGAAAAUUUCAAUGAUUUAAAUAGAGAAGAGCCUUCUCGUUAUUUUGACAUUGACAAGUGUCAUUUUAUACUAGAUUUAGAUACUGGUGUUGAAACAGAAUUAGAACCAAAUUAUUCAAAACAAACUGAUAAUUUUACUAUAAUUAAAUCAGCUAAAUUUUUAGAUUCAUCAGCAUCUCAUCCAUUCUUCCGUGCAUUUUAUAUUCCAUUUUUAUCCGAAGAUUAUUGUAAAUACAAUUCUUAUAAUUUAUUAAAAAGUAACAAAUUUAAAUUGUCUCCAUCUAAAAUAAAAACUCCAAAAGCUGCUUGAUUUUAUUUUUAUAAAUUUAAUGUAAUUUUGU